GAAAAAAAGAGAGAGAAAAAAGGGGUCUGCUUCUUCUUCAUCGCCGUCUCUGUGCGGCCGGCCGAGAGUGCUUAUCUUCCUCUUCUAAACAUGUCGGAGGAAGAGGUAGCGAUGGAAGUAGAAGCUGUAGAAGCAGUUUACAGCGAAGACUGCUUCAUAUUGAAUUCAUAUCCUCCUCAUCUUCACCUCCAUAUCAAACCCCGUACCGCCGAGAUCUCUUCUCAGCAGUUUGUGGAAGCGGUUCUGAGAAUCCAAGCAGGUUCUAAGUACCCAGAUGAACCACCUCGAAUUAGUCUGAUUGAAUCCAAGGGUCUUGAUGAGCAAAGGCAAAAGCAUUUGAUUGGCAUAGUUCAAGAGAGAGCUUCUGAAUUAUCAUCAUCUUUAAUGCUAGUAGAACUUUGUGAGGAAGCAGUUGAGAGGCUCACGAUUAUGAAUCACCCAGAUGGAGAUUGUCCACUGUGUCUGUAUCCAUUAUUCCCUGAGGAUGAAGGGAGUAAACAAAUGCCAUUUAUGAAGCUGAUGUCUUGUUUUCAUUGUUUUCACUGUGAGUGCAUCAUUAGGUGGUGGAAUUGGCUUCAUGCACAGAAAGAUGCUGAUUCGGAAUCUGGUGAUGCUUCACACACGCGAAGAGGCUCAACUGCUGAACAAGGUAAUUCUGGAUCAGCAGAUGAAAGCUUGGGAAACUGUCCGGUGUGCCGCAAAAUAUUUCAUGCGAGUGAUAUUGAACAUGUUCUUGACUUAGUUGGUACUCAAUCACCUCAACCGGAUUCUGGUUUGAUACAAGGUGAGGAAGAAGAUCCGCUGCUCCAGUCAGAUUCAGAGAACAUCAGAAGAGAGCGAUUUGAGUCUAUUCUAAAGACACAGGAAGAAAAAGGAGGUUUGGUUCAGCCUAAGAAAAACAUAUCGGUUGUGCCUGGUAUGUAUCUUCCUCCGCCAACCCCUGCAUCAUCAUCUCCAAACAAAGAAGAAGAAGCUGGUCAAAGCCAAGAACAAGGAGAAGAAGAACCCAAAGAAGCUGAAUCAGAGACAAACUCUAGCAGCUCAGCCAACAGAAGAGGCCGAGGCAGAGGGAGAGGCCGAGGCCGUGGACAUAAUCCCAACAGAAGGAAACAGACUUUGCAAGAUCCAAGAAAACCGAUGAGGCAAUGGGUGCAGAGAGCAAGAGAAGGUGACAACUAAUAUAUUAUUCGAAUCUUGUAUGAUACAUCAAACCCAGACUCAAACACAAGAGUAUACUAUAUUAACUGGCGGGCGAAAUAAUAUAUUCGGCAAAAUAUCUCUAUUUUACCAACUUGUAAGUUUGUAUGAGCAUGAUGUAUUUGUUUUUGACAAA